GGUGCACUUCUCAGAAUCCGGAAGGGCCGGGCUGAUCGGCCCACCUAGCAAACUAUUUCAUCUUUGCCGGUGAAGACAGCAUGCGUGUUUAAGUUUAUCUAUUCAUGGGGCUGAAAAGCGUUUGCAAAUCCACCAACGGCGAAGUGUGGCAAGCCACCCAGGGUCACGUCGCCUGCCCGUGGUCAGGCAUUCCUCACUCCCACCAGGCAGAAGGUCAAUAAAAAUGGAGGCAAGGUCUUCUGGAAUCACUAAUGGGAAAACCAAAGUCUUCCACGCAGAAGGAGGUGUGGAUUUGCAAAGCUACCAGCUGGAUAUGCAAAUACUACCUGACGGGCCAAAGAGUGAUGUGGACUUUUCAGAGAUUCUUAAUGCAAUACAAGAAAUGGCCAAGGAUGUCAAUAUUCUUUUUGAUGAAUUGGAAGCUGUCAACAGUCCUUGCAAAGAUGACGAUUCUCUCCUUCACCCUGGAAACCUGACCAGUACUUCAGAUGAUGCUAGCAGAUUGGAAGCAGGGGGAGAGGUUUAG